CGCCGAAAACAGCCGAGGGGAAAAUGUCCGGAUACCGACAUUUUCAUGACGUGUAUAUUUUUCAUUUUAACCAUUUCAAAAUUGGAUUUUUUUUAUCCUCGGGAUAGGAUUUACCCCAAACCCCCCCCCUAUUUGUACGCCACUGUGUCAUAAUUAUUAUACUUAUUGGCUAUACUAAUACUAAAUAGUAAAUCCACUACGUAUAACAUACGAACAAACGGUAAUAACUAUAAUAUUAUAAUAAUAACAAUUAUUAAUAUAGACUAUAGUAUUAUACCCUGUGCCCUGUCGUAAUAAUUAUUAAUAAUAAUAUAAAAAUCUACCUGUUAUCGUUGACUAUAAUUAUUUUAUCUCGUGACAGCAGUCAGUGGUCACACUGAAUCGUUGGCAGCAGUAAUAAGUAUUAAGUUGCAGUCAUACACUCGGACGGUUCCAUCGGCAGACCGAAGGGCGUCGAAAAUAAUAAUAUUCAUACUUUCGGAAAUGCUUUGGCUCAAUAACUUUUUAUUCCAUGCGUGUCACUACUGAAUCAAAAUGUAAAAUAUUGCUGACACACGUCCAGUCACCCACCACCAAAUUAUUUAAUAUUUAUCAUUUUCGCCAUGGCCCAUUGGAAUUAUCUUUCCUCCGUCCUCCGUCGGGUUAAUGUCUUUCUUUUCGCUUUUAUGACAGUGAGCAGCUGACGAAGAUCGUUCAUAAACGUUACGCAGAUAUUGAAUGAACGUCUUGCAGAUUUUCGGCAUUAAUAAUUCGCUAACGACGUUUCAUCGCGUUAUAAUUCGACAAAUACGAAAAAUAAAUAAUAAUUUAGAAUGUCCGUCAAUAUCUUCUCAAAGACAACCAUGUCAGCCAAUGAUAAGAUUCGAAAACUUUGUCGAAUAUGUGGUGAUGUUGGUUCCAUUAAUAUAUUUGGAUCAUUAGGACAGUCAUUAGAUUUAUCUGAAAAGAUAAAUACACUAUUGCCAAUACAUAUAGCACUUAACGACCGUCUUUCAAUAAUGGCUUGUGAUGCUUGUGUCAAUCAAAUAACUACAAUGAAUCGAAUAGUGGGAAUAGCUAUUCAUACCAACGAGUUGAUGAUCAAACUACUAGAAAAAAAAGAUAGUACUUUUCAAGAAAGGAUGCUGAAACUUUGUCGUAUCUGUGGAAAUCCUGGAUUGUUGCAUAUUUACAAUCAACUUAAUGAAAAUUCGCCGAACUUAGCUGAUAAGAUGAACUCAUUUUUAAUGCUUAAAGUGUCUCCUGCUGAUCAGCUAUCACUGAAAAUUUGUCAAAGUUGUUUUAACCAAGUAGAAGAUGUGUACCCUCUAUUUGAAUAUUGUCAUAACACUACACAACUAAUGUCGACGAUUGUUGGAAACAUACCACAGGAUAAUAUGAAAGUUGAAAAUGCCUCGUUAGAAAUGUCUGAAACCUUUCAAGACAAUUUUAUCGAAUUUGAUAUUAAUGAAGUAAUAAUCCAAGAAAAUAACAAUAAAGAGAAUGAGUUUGGCAAUAUUAUGAAGGAACAUGAUACUGAAAAUAUCAUACAUACAACCCGUAAUACUUUUAGAAGUACAAAUCAAAUACAAUGUUUACGUUGUACAAAUAUUUUUACCUGUGGUACAGAAUUGAGACGCCAUAUUCUGUUGAACCAUAACUUGAAAGACUUGGAUUGUCAUCAUUGUUUUCGUCGCUGUUCCAAUUUAUUGGAAUUUGAAAACCAUGUAAAAUUACAUUUUAAAGCUGAACACCCAUACUAUCCGUGUGAUUUAUGUUUGAUCAGCCUCAACAGUUUGGCAAGUCUUAUACUCCACAUUAAGACACAUGACAUACCACAUUCCAAAGAGUGGGCACUUAUUUACAACCUAUCUGGUAAAUCUACAUCUUUUAGCUGUAAAUAUUGUAAUAAGAUUUUUAUACAUGAAGCAUCAAGGCAAAUCCAUGAGCGUAUUCAUUUUACAUGCUUAAUAUGUGAGACAUGCGGUAAACAAUUGCCAAACAAGUCUCAGUUGAGCGUACAUCAGCGACAACAUACCGGGGAAAGGCCUUACCAGUGUAUGAACUGUGGUUCUUCGUUUAAAUGCUUGUCAACAUUACGCCAGCAUGAAGUUGUACACUAUGAAAAAAAAUACAGCUGUGAAGUCUGUCUGCGUAAGUUUAGCCGGCCAGAAAAGGUUCGUAUACACAUGAGAGUACACACGGGGGAAAAGCCCUACAAAUGUUUGAUAUGCCAUAAAAAUUAUCAACAGAAAAACGAUUUAAAUCGUCAUAUAAAGAAGAAACAUGAGGAGAAUUACGCUAUGAACAAUAUCAGACAAAAUUUGUUUUAAAAAUUUAAUUAACUCAAUUUUUCAAAUAAUCAAAUUAUUGGUUACA